AUGGAUCGGCGACGGUUUAUAGCUGCAGCAUGGACCCCGCUACUGUUCCUGCUCAUCUUGGACAAAGGAUACCGGCAUGGCGUUUAUGCCAAACCAGGACUAUGUGAGAUGGAAACUGGCCAAGGAAACAUUGUGCUUGACAUCGAAGAAAGUCGUGGGUCUCAAAUAAAUCAACCCAUCAAACCGUCCGAAUUACCGAUCAUAGGAGAUCCGUACACUGAAAUAUCUUUGGAUUUACUUUUUCCGACGAGAAAUUCAACGUUCACGUUAAUCGGAAAACAUAUCCAGCUAACUCAGCCGUUGGACAGAGACGCAGAAAACUUGUCCCACAUCGUAUUUCAGGUUACGUGCGUGGUAAGGUCUACCAACAAAAAGAGAACCAUACCCAUAAUAGUCCGCACGACCGACAUUAACGACAAUGCACCAGUGUUUUUGGAUACUCCGUACCAAGUAUCGGUUCCCGAGUUGACAACAGUCGGCACAUCUGUGGCAGCUGUGAAAACAGUGGACGCAGACACCGGCGUCAACGCUCUAGUCGAGUACUUAGUGAUUCCCGGAAAUGUACCGGAAGAAGAACUCCAAAAAGGCAGAGUCAGCGAUGGUGUCAAACACUUUAAGAUGAAGUCUUCCAAUUCUGGCGAAAUAAUACUGCAGAAGGGCCUGGACUUUGAAAAAGUUCAAAAAUACUUCGUAACGAUACAAGCAACGGACCGAGCCAAGAACCCCGAAGACAGACUUACGUCGACUACAACUCUUACUGUGAUGGUAAAAGACGAAGACGAUCAGGACCCGUCGUUCAAUUAUCAAGGAUGCACGGUUCAGGACGGAGCUUGCAUAAAUCCGGAAUAUCACACCACUGUUGCCAGUGGUGUAAAUUCUGGAGUCCUUACUAUAAGACCAGAAAAAAUACAAGCUGUAGAUAUGGAUUCAUUGAAUUAUCCCAUUGAGUAUACGUUUAUUGAUGGGUCUCCUUCAUUCUACGCAGAAUACUUCACCAUCGAUCCUCAGUUCGGUACUGUAAAACAAAUAAAAGCAGUAGAUACUAGUCUGACGAAGAGAUUUUCAAUAACUGUCAAGGCUGAAGAAGAAUCGUCCAACCACAGAUCAACUACGGCUAAACUGUACAUUGAAGUAAAGCCUGUCGAUAUCAAUCCACCAGUUAUACAUAGUUCUGCUGUUGACGAAGGAUACGGAUUUGUAGAAGAAAACUCACCUGUUGGUACAAAAGUUUUAGAUAAGAACGGACAACCAAUCAUGUUAUCCGUAACUGACGAUGAUUUGGGACCAAAUGAUCCUAAAGUAACUUAUAUGUUUGAACUCACAACUAAUUCUUUUAAUGUGGACUCCGAUGGAAAUAUUUAUGUAAAUGAAGAAAAAUUAGACAGAGAUCCGCCAAAUCCUGGAAAAUACCGUUUUCAAAUAGUGGCUAGAGAAGUUAAUGGACAUGCCGGUAGCAUUCCAUACCUAAUGACAGUGUUCUUGAAAGAUGUGAAUGAUAAUCCUCCGCGAAUGCCAAUGUUGUCUCCGAUCACAAUCCAAGCUGGAAAUUCUAGGCGACAACUUGUCCAAAUUAAAGCAGUGGACAACGACGAAGGUCAAAACGCUAAUGUGUCUUAUAGUAUAUAUCACGUAUCAAACCAAGGCCACAGUAAGUUCCAUAUUGAUCCAAUAACUGGCUGGAUUGAAACCACUGGUCGAAUGAUGGCUGGUGAUCAGUAUAGUAUAACUGUCCAAGCUACUGAUUCAGGAGGUUUAUAUACCCAAAGUAUUGUCGAAGUUGUUGUAAUAGCAGGACCAAAUACUAAAUCCCCGGUAUUUUCACAAUCUUCAUACGAAGUGACUGUUAGUGAAGGAUCGCCAAUAAACACAACAGUUAUCUCUUUGAAAGCCAUUGAUCCCGAAAAUGAUCCCGUCACUUACACUAUCUUAUCAGGGAAUGAUUUGAGACAAUUUACAAUUGGCGAAAAAACUGGAAUAGUCGGCGUUAUACGAAAAUUGGACCGUGAAGAGCUGACUCGUUAUCAAUUGUUAAUCAAAGCACAAGACGAAGGAGGACUUUCGAGUACAACAACAUUAAAUAUAAAAAUUAGUGAUAUUAAUGAUAAGAAUCCGGAAUUCAUUGGUGCCCCGUAUGAGUUUUCGGUGGACGAAGGUUUAGACGGAGCCGCUGUGGGACAAGUAGAAGCUGUAGACGGAGACGAAGGAAUAAAUGCUUUAGUUCAUUAUUCGUUGCCUGACGAUUUGCCAUUUUUAAUUGAUGUCAACACAGGGCAUAUACGUACUGCUACAGCCUUGGACUAUGAAAAAAACAAUGAAUAUAAAUUUGUGGUUACCGCAAAAGACGGAGCGCCAGAUCCACGUAUUGGAACGGCUUCUGUGACUGUUUCGGUUAAAGACGUUGAAGACGAAAUUCCACUAUUUCAUAAGACACUAUAUGAAGCAAAAGUACCAGAGAAUGCGCCCGAUUUCCUAGUUACUCAAGUGCACGCUGAUGAUCCCGAUACAGUGAAACGAGUGACUUACGUAAUAAAACAAGGACCUUCAGAUUUAUUUACCAUCGAUCCGACUACUGGAACGAUUAGAACACUUAGAGGUUUAGAUUACGAGAAAGACAGUCAACAUACACUAAUCAUUGGAACAUUGGAAAAUUCAAAUCAAACACCCGGCGCCACAACGAAAGUAAUUGUGAACGUUGAAGAUCGCAAUGAUAUCCCACCAGUAUUUCUAACCAUACCAUCGCCUGUAACACUCGACGACGAUGUAGCUAUUGGAACUAAAGUCACGACUCUUUUAGCUACUGAUUCGGAUGGAACAUCUCCAGGAAAUAAGGUCCGGUACGAAUUGAGUGGCCGUGGAAAAGCCUUAAAGUAUUUCCACAUUGACCCUGAUCUUGGUGUUUUAUACGUGCGCGGUGAUCUACAAAAAGAACCCGAUAAUGAAUAUCAGGUGGAUGUAAAAGCUUAUGAUUUGGGCGAACCUCAGCUCUCGUCAGUGACAUCAGUGACAAUCUUUGUUCGGCGUGUCACGACUCCAAUACCAGAAUUGGGAAUGGGGUUCUCGGACGAUUCGUACUCCGCUCGAGUUUUGGAAUCUGCGGUUGUUGGUACUUUGGUUAAAGUUCUGACUGUCGUACACCCAAGACCAUCACUACCCCUUCCUCUCGUUUGUACUAUAGUUUCCGGAAACUCUGAAGAUGUAUUUACAAUAAACGUCACAACUGAGAAAAAUUGUGAAGUACGUUUAAAGGAAACAAAAUUAGAUCACGAACACGCAGAGAGUUAUCAACUGAAAAUACGUCUUGACACGCUUGCCGGAGUCGUUAACCCGACAAAAAGCACUACUAUGUUAAACGUGCAAGUGAUCGACAUAAACGACAACGUGCCUACUUUUGUGUAUCCGGAAAGCAGCAAACGCUAUGCCAAGAACGCGUAUUACGGAGCAGUAUCGGCCGACGAGGAAAUAGGCAGUGCGGUGUUGCAGGUGAAAGCGGAGGACUUGGACGGGGGAAAAUUGGGUGACGUGAGAUACGAGUUGGCCGACGACGACGAUCAGAACUCGACGGAAGGUCCUUAUUUUGCCGUCGACCCAAAAACCGGAAUCAUAAAAACCCUAAGGACGCUGACCGACGUGCUUCCGAGGAACUUACCGUUCCGACUUGUGGUCACGGCACGCGACAACCCGGGGGCCACGAAUCCCAGCGACUACAACACGGCUCAAGCGCACGUCGUAAUAAACGUGAUCAAAGACCAACACCGUUUGGUGAUGGCCAUCGACGGCGCACGUCCGGACAUCGUUAAAUCGUCCGAAAACAAAUUGAUAGACGCGCUAGAAAAACUCCUGCAGCUUAUCGUGGGCGGCGAGAAAGUGUCGGCCAAGCAGUACAGGCGGAGAGAUAACCUGACCGUCGAGACCGAUCCCAGCUCCACCGAUUUCUGGUUUUACGUUGUAGACCCUGCCAGCGAGACGAUUUUGGAACGAAACAACACCAAAGUGGCCAGGUCAAUACUGAACAAAGAUUCCGUCGGAAACAUUACGACGAUGAUAGCCGAGAAACUGUCAAUUAUUGCGUCGGACAUCCAUUUGCCGCUGCAACAGCAGAACGUCGUCACUCGGACCCACACCGCGGGCGUGACCAUCCAAUGGACCGUAUUCCCGUACACUCUGAUCCUCAUGGCAGCCCUGAUCCUGGUGUUGGGCAUCGCCGGCAUAAUUUACAUCUGCGUGUCGUGGUCGAGGUACAAGGCGUACAAGGAGAGGAUGGCCCGGAUGUACGUGACGCAACGGUACGACCCGGUAUUCAUCGAGCCGAACAUGAAGGAAUACGAGGUACAGGUGCUCCAAAUGAGCGUACCGAUCGACGACAACGACAGCUACAACGACUUGCAACUGGACUUUAGCCGAAAAAAUCACACGUUCAGUAUGGACAACGUCGGGUACAUCACCAAAGAGAACGUCGACAGCAUCGACGGACACAGCCCUGUGAGCUCGGAAGCGGCGACCACGGCCAGGACGUCGAGUAUGGGCCGCGGCAUGUCGAACGGCGGCACCAGCACGUUCGGCCGGACGAACAUGGCGUUCGAACCGUCGGACGACACCGAGUCCGCGGCCGAGGCGGCCGUCAUCAGUCCCACCAACGACAAUGUGACGUUCCGGGAGAAAAAGGAGUUUGGUCGUCCCGCGAUGCACAACGGCAACGGGCUGACGACGUUCAACCGGAAGGACGUUGAGGUCACCACCGAACUGUGA